GAGGACGCCGACUGUGAUCUUUCUGCUGAUGUCUUGAAAAUCUUGGUUGUCCGUGGUACAGCAGAAGAUCCAGUUAAUGUUAGCAUUGUUCUGGAGGGACAAGAGAUCCUCUGCCACUGUCAAAACCCAGCAAAAGCGUGUGCUCUGCUAAUGGGAUACAUUUAUGGGAUGAACUUGGAAUACCCUCGAGAACUUCGCUACACAUUUGAAGUUUUUCAAAAACUUUUCUUGGAGCUGGAUUUAAUCAAACUGUCCCCCAAAGUACAAGCUUUGAAAGCAAAGUUGCUUUCACAGUUCUGUUGAAUGAUGAUAUUGUUGGAUGAAGUUUAAAUCAAUUGCAUGAAAAAAAUGUUUUUGUGUUGGAUGAAAUUUAAAUCUAUUAAAUAAACAAAACAAAAAAAUGUUAGUUGUGUGGAGGAUGAAAUUUUAGAGAAUUACUUAAAAAUGGUUUUGUAUUGAAUUAAAUGGAAAUAGAUUACAUUUAAAAAAAUGUUUUUGUGUGUUGAAUGAAAUUUAUAUCAAUUACAUGUACAAAAAAUAGUUUUUGUGUUGAAAGA